AGAGUUCCUGCCAUUCUUGCCCACGGAAGACCAGCCCUGGAGAAGAUGGCUCAGCCCCUCCUAUGGAUCUUGCUCCUUUGCCUGCAAACCUGGCCAGAAACAGCUGGAAGUAACACAGAUGUCUGCACCGUGAAUGGGAUCCUGGGGGAGUCAGUUACUUUCCCCUUGAAUAUCCCAGAAUCACAGCAAGUUGGAACCAUUGUUUGGCAGUUCAAAACAUCAAUUGCUUUUGUACAACCAGGAGACUCAGGAACAGUACCCAAAGUCAUUGUGACUCACAACAGUUAUAAUGACCGAAUAAAUGUCUCAGGUCAGAACUACAACCUGGAGAUGAGAAAUCUUGGGAUGGAAGAUGCAGGCAUCUACUCGGCCGACGUCACUUUGAAGACCUCAAGCACUACCGAAACCAAGCGUUACAACCUUCAAAUCUACCGUCGGCUUGGGAAACCAAAAAUUAUUCAGAGCUUAAUGACCUUUGUGAACAGCACCUGUAAUGUCACACUGACAUGCUUUGUGGAGGAAGAAGACAAAAAUGUAACAUAUAGUUGGAGUUCCCUGGGGAGAGAGGGGAACAUCAUUCGAAUUUUCCAGAGCCACGAAACCCAGAGCCACAAAGACCCAGAGCACACUUACACCUGCACGGCCUGGAACCCUGUCAGCAACAGCUCUGAGUCUACUGCCCAGCAGCUCUGCUCAGACACUGGGCUGAGCCACCAGAGAUGCCACAUUGGGCUGCUGAGUACAAUGGCUGUACUUUUCCUGUUUAUGCUCAUCAUAUUGCCAGUAAUUCUGCUUCUUCUGCGCAAAAGAGGUCAAGAUGCUAACACAACAAAAACAAUAUACACAGAAAUUUCAAGGACCACCUGGCCAGCAGAAUCCAGGCUAUACAAUGAAAUCCUCCAGAGUAAUGUGAGCCACGUUCCUCAUGAUCCGCCCACCCAGAUUCGGAGUGAGCAGUAG